GCCGGAGGUUUCCGGUUCGCGGCCGCCGGCGGUGACGUCUCGUUUGCUCCCGAGCCGCCCGCGCCGCCGCUCCCUAGCCAAGCUGCAGGCCUGUGGAAAUCCAAUCAAGCCAUACACGAGUGGAGCGCGCUUGGCCGUUUUGUGCAAGAAGACGCGGUAGCCUUGCCGAGUCUUGCCAGAGAACUCAACUCCAAGAAGGCUUUCUGCCAGGCCCUGAAGUUGUACUUUAAUGCACCAUAGGGAACCCAGCGUAUGCAAGUGGGUACGUGCCCUCCCUUGCAAAAGCCAACUGUCUGAUCUGCUUCUUUAGAUUUUCCCCAUGGCUAAGGGUUACUUUUUUCCAUGAAUGGUCAAGUUUUGUUAACCAGCAGAACGCAUUGCAGAGCCGUGGAUUUGGAUAACCGAAAUUCUGGACCUACUCUUCCUAGCAGUGAUUUAGAGGGUCUGCAGGUUGCUAUGUUAAUGCUGCUUGCCUUUGGAGUACUGCUUCAUGAAGUCCCCCUGAGUGGCCAGGAUGAGGCUCAUCCUGAGGCUGACAAUGUGCCUGGCGAAGCCCUCUAUGACUACUCCAGCCUCCGUCUCCCAGAGGAGCACAUUCCCUUCUUCCUGCACAGUAACAAGCAUGUUGCCUCUGUGUGCAGGGAGGAUUCCUACUGUCCGUAUAAGAGACACUUAGAGAGUCUAAACUCCUGCUGGGGGUAUGAGAAGUCCUGCACACCAGAGUCUAGAUUUGGCUCCCCCAUUUGCAGCUAUGUGGACUUGGGAUGGACCGACACCCUGGAGUCAGCCCAGGACAUGUUCUGGAAACAAGCUGACUUCGGAUAUGCUCGGGAGCGACUGGAGGAGAUACGAAUGUUCUGCCGGCCAGAGGGAGCGAGCGACUCAAGUCUGCUUUGCUCUCGUUACCUUCAGUAUUGUAGAGCUACUGGUCUGUACCUGGACUUAAGAAACAUCAAGAGAAACCAUGACAGAUUCAAGGAAGAUUUUCUUCAGGGUGGUGAUAUUGGAGGAUACUGUAAACUUGACCGUCAUGCACUGGUGUCUGAAGGUCAGCGCAAAAGCCCUCUGCAGUCUUGGUUUGCUGAGCUACAAGGCUACACUCAGCUCAAUUUCAGGCCUAUAGAAGAAGCUAAAUGUGACAUCGUUGUUGAAAAACCAACAUAUUUUAUGAAAUUAGAUGCAGGUAUUAACAUGUACCACCACUUCUGUGACUUCCUGAAUCUCUACCUCACUCAGCACAUAAACAAUUCUUUCAGUACAGACGUGUACAUCGUCAUGUGGGACACCAGCUCUUAUGGAUACGGUGACCUCUUCUCUGAUACCUGGAAAGCAUUUACUGACUAUGACGUCAUACAUUUGAAAACCUACGAUUCCAAAAAGGUGUGUUUUAAAGAAGCUGUGUUUUCGUUGCUGCCCCGCAUGCGGUACGGGCUGUUCUAUAACACACCUCUGAUCUCUGGCUGUCAGAACACUGGGUUAUUCAGGGCCUUCUCCCAGCACGUGCUGCACAGGCUGAACAUCUCUCAAGAGGGACCCAAGGAUGGGAAAAUUCGAGUUACCAUUCUUGCACGCAGCACAGAAUACCGGAAAAUCCUGAACCAAAAUGAGCUGGUAAAUGCCCUGAAAACAGUAUCCACAUUUGAAGUCCGGGUGGUUGAUUACAAGUACAGAGAACUCGGGUUUUUAGAUCAGCUAAGGAUCACGCACAACACGGACAUAUUUAUUGGCAUGCACGGAGCUGGCCUUACCCACUUACUUUUCCUUCCAGACUGGGCCGCUGUAUUCGAGCUGUACAACUGUGAGGAUGAGCGCUGUUACUUAGACCUGGCCAGGCUCAGAGGCGUCUACUACAUUACCUGGCAGAAGCCCAGCAAAGUGUUUCCUCAAGAUAAGGGGCACCAUCCAACUCUGGGGGAGCACCCGAAGUUUACCAACUACUCUUUCGACGUAGAGGAAUUCAUGUACCUUGUCCUGCAGGCUGCAGAACAUGUACUGCAGCACCCGCAGUGGCCAUCGAAGAGGAACCACGAUGAACUAUAGAAAUGCCCAGGUUGUUCACCAGAGUGUUGGACACUCCCACAGCCAGACGCACAAUCAAAGGAGCAGAACAACCUCUCAUAUCCUACUGUAAGAUGAUUCACGGACUUUUUACUUCUGAACGUAGCUCAGGCUGGUCUUGAACUCAUGAUCCCCUUGCCUCAGCCAGCUGAGCACUCAGCUUACAGAUGAGUAUGACCACAUGUCUACAGAAUCACCUUUGCGUGUGAAAGCGCACCUUCAGGGUACUUUAAGUCUCCCCCAUGUCUCUCGUGUCCUGGCUAUUUAUCAGCAGUAUUUUUGCACUGAAAAAGAAAAUGUUACUUUUAUAGUUUAGAGCUGGGCAGAUGCCCAUUGGUGUAGCUGAGCUUUCCAGUUGGGACACCAAAGUUGUCACCGUCGGUGGCUUCAGAACUGAUAAGUGUGUUUGUUAACUGUAAGUGGUCGUAAUUCCAGUGUCACAGCUUGAUGUUUACCUACUUGGUAAACUCAGGGCUAUUGUUUACCAUUGUAUGUUCAUAAAUAUGGUUGUAGG